AUGAAAAGUUUUAAAUCAAACAAUUGGGAAAUAAUUGGUUAAACAGAAACCAUAAAAGAUAAUCUUAACCCGAAUUUUAAAAAAACAUUUAUAGUAGAUUAUAUAUUUGAAGUAAAAUAAGAAUGUUAAUUCGAAAUAAAAGAUGAUGAUGGAAACGGGAAAUUCGAUUAAAUAGGAGAAUGUUAAGCAACAUUAGGAGCAAUAGUAGGAGCUAAAAAUAACAUAUUAAUUUUAGAUAUAAUGCAUAAAAAAACUAAAAAAAAAACAGGAAAUUUAAUUAUAAUGUCAGAAGCAAUAGAAGAAUCAAGAGAUGAAUUACAAAUGUAAUGGUAAGGUUAAAAACUGAAAAAUAAAAGAGGUUAUUUUGGAGGAAAAUAAGAACCCUUUUUUAAUUUUUAAAAGAAUAAGAGAAGACAAAAUGGAAAACUCUUGCUUUGA